AUGGAAUCCUCAGAGACUCUGUCCUCCACCAUGGAGGCCGCGCUCGUGGCCGCCAGUACGGCAGCUUCGCAAGUCAACACUGUUGCUGCAGUAAAAAGCUCGUCAUGGCUCGGCUGGUUUGGGAGGAUGAUCCUCUUCAUCUUGCAGCUGCUCUCAACCAUAGUAUACUGGAGUUUGAAGCUCACGACCUUUUCUCUGUCUACUCUGGUAUACCAGCUCUUCUCAACCAAGAUGACCGUCACCAUGAGCUUCACAACUCUGGCACUGAUAGUGGCCCUCGUGGUCUCUGCUGUAACAUGGGUUGUGAGAUACCGGUACUUGAACAUGUACUCUCGUCUCCCCCCUGAGCCUCAGCGCAAGGAGCCCGAAUUGGAUCUGCCGACCGAUUCGCACGAUGGAGGCAACAAACCGGGCUUGACGAAUUACUUGGAUGAGUUCUUGAGCGGCCUCAAAAUCUUUGGCUAUUUGGAAAGACCUGUCUUUCACGAGUUGACCAGGAGCAUGCAAACCAGAAAGUUGAUCGCUGGCGAAACACUAAACCUGGAAGAGGAACAAGGCUUCUGCCUCGUUGUGGACGGCCUCGUCGAGAUUUUUGUCCGGUCCUUGAACCGCAAUGGAGGCUCUCACAUGACGGAUCCUUUCGCCGAAGAUGGUGCUGCACAGUCCUCGGGCUCACAGCCUUACCAACUUCUAACCGAAGUCCGGAAUGGCGCUCCCAUGUCGUCGCUGUUUUCCAUCAUGUCCUUGUUUACAGAAGAUGUACAACUGCGAGUGCCAGUUGACGGCGAUUCAGUGCCCCCAUCUUCUGCAAACUCUUUCAGCGAGCAAUUACUGCCUACUCCUGGGCUGUCAGAGAUGCACCGUGUAUCAGAUUCAGUGCCAGGCACACCUCAGAUUCAUCCUAGCGGACGACGGGCAACAAUUGUGGACGAACCGGAAGUCAUCUCGCCAAGCUCUCCGAAUGGGAGCUACUUUAAUCAUAUUCCUCCAAUGUCACUUGAUCACUCGUCUAUGCCGCCUCGUGCAGCUCGACCGAUUCCAAAGAGGAUGGCUACCAAGUCUGUCCAUCCAGACAUUGUGGCGAGAGCUACUGUUGACACCACUAUUGCCGUUAUUCCAGCCAACGCUUUCCGUCGUCUGAUAAAGUUGUAUCCGAAGUCUACCGCGCACAUUGUCCACGUGAUUCUAUCCAGAUUUCAGCGUGUGACUCUUGCCACAGGUUACAAUUAUCUUGGCCUUUCAAACGAGGUGCUGCACAUUGAGAAGAACAUGAUCAAUUUCACAAUGUGUCAGCUCCCAAACGUCCUUCGAGGUGAUGCUCUCGAGCGGUUGAAGGAAAAGUUCAAAGCAGAAAGAGAACGUACAAGCGAAGAGGAUAGCGGCAAAGGUAUUGCAUUGCACAACGCUUCUGCUACAUCACAUAGACGUCAGAGGUCGGGCACAGGCUUGCGGAGAGACGCAGCCGUGACAGCUCUCUCCAAAGCUCGUGCCACUUCGAUCGUGGCUUCCACGAUCGCCCCGCCCCGAGAACGAUCUUCCCUGCACACCGCUGGGCCCGGCGAUUUGCUCGCUAAUGUCCAAUCUGCCCGCGCUGGCGGCUCUCGUGUGCCGGGAACACUGGACAUUCCUCUCACACCGUGGCAAUCUGGAGAGUCCAUUGCUCAACCCAAUCCCAAUUCUCCCAUGGCGCAUCAUGCUUUCAACCCAUUUUCGACGCAGAAACGCGCUCGUAUUGCCAUCGAUCCUAGGGAGUCUGUUGACGAAGACAAUUUGUUUCGUGUGUCUAUUUUGGAAUGCGUAUUCAACGCUUUGGGAAUGAGCCCGGGAGGCGGCUCCUCAAGGGGCCCUGAUUCGGUCGAAGCGUCCCCACGACUGGUGUCAUACGACCAGCGCAGGCAGAGAGCAGUUUUCUCCAACAACGCUUUCGGUUUCAUGGACUCACUUGAGGGCUCUACAGACUGGGAUGCGGAUUCCAUGACUUCCGGUGGUGUUUCAAAUACCGGCACCCCCAAUCCUCAACUUCUGGCUGCUGAAAUGAAGCACGAGGUGGAGAUUGUCUUCUUCCCUCAAGGCUCUGUUCUUGUAGAACAAGGAGAGCGCAGCCCGGGUCUCUACUAUGUCAUCGAUGGCUUCCUCGAUAUCGGUGUGCCAGCUGAGGACUCAGGAAGCGAGAUUUUAACCUCAACGAGCAAGAUGUCUUUGUCAGCCAUGCAGCGCGAAGAUUCGCAAACUCCCAAUCGACGCUCUUCAUCCAAACCCAAUGUUACCCCCUUGAACGGUUCUGUGCCAGGACUUGCUGGUGGUGAAGGCAAGAAGAGGGGCAAGCCUACCAGGAGGAGCGUUGCGCUCGUGAAACCUGGAGGGUUGGCCGGUUACAUUGGGACAGUCUCGUCUUACCGAUCCUUCAUUGAUGUUGUUGCGAAAACGGAUGUUUAUGUCGGAUUCGUUCCUCGUGCAACUCUGGAGCGUAUCGUGGAGAAAUAUCCAAUCGUCCUUCUGACCAUGGCAAAGAGACUCACCAAUCUCUUACCCCGGCUGAUUUUGCACAUCGAUUUUGCCCUCGAGUGGGUUCAGGUCAAUGCGGGGCAGGUCCUGUUUCACAAAGACGAAGAAAGCGAGGCAAUCUAUCUUGUUCUCAAUGGACGUCUGCGUCUGAUUGAGGACAGGAAAGGCGGUGGGCUCAAUGUGCGUGCCGAGUUCGGUCAAGGCGACAGCGUCGGUGAGCUGGAAGUUCUGACCGAGUCCACCAGGUCGGGAACUCUUCAUGCCAUACGGGACACUGAGCUUGUCAAGUUCCCCCGGACAUUGUUCAACAGCCUUGCACAAGAGCACCCCAACAUCACAAUCAAAAUCUCAAAGAUCAUAGCCUCCCGCAUGAGGACCUUGGUUGAUGAUCCUUCCAAUGUGGUCAGCAAAGAGCAUGCUGCUGGAACUUCGAUCAACAAGAUUUCCUCGACUCUCAACUUGAGGACCGUCGCAGUCCUCCCCGUGACCUCUGGAGUGCCCGUGGUUGACUUCGGAAACCGCCUGAUGAAUGCUCUGACUCAAAUCGGUGUGCCUGGAGGUGCUACCUCCCUUAACCAAUCCGCAAUUCUCAACCAUCUUGGCAAGCACGCUUUCAACCGAAUGGGAAAGCUCAAGUUGUCGCAAUACCUUGCUGAUUUGGAAGAGAAGUACGGAUUGGUCAUCUACGUUGCUGAUACCAAUGUUAAUUCACCAUGGACCCAGACCUGUAUUACGCAGGCUGAUUGUAUUCUCCUCGUGGGUCUAGCCGAGGGGUCCCCAGAGAUUGGUGAGUAUGAAAGAUUCAUGUUGGGACAGAAAUCAACAGCACGGAAGAUUCUUGUCUUGCUGCACGCGGAUAGAUAUUCACCGCCAGGCCUAACCAGAUCCUGGCUGAGAAAUCGUGUCUGGAUCAACGGUGGCCACUACCACAUCCAGAUGGCCUUCAAGUCAAACGCUGUCCCUGUGCACCCCCCGACGUCGCGGCGGCUAGGUGCCACAAUCAAGGAGCGCGUGCAAGUCCUGCAAGCAGAGAUUCAGAAGUAUACCAGUCGUAAGGUGCGGCAUACUCCCUACUACUCUCCAGAUGCCCCGUUCAAGGGUGAUUUCCAUCGGCUUGCAAGGCGUCUUUGUGGCAAGUCCAUCGGUCUCGUCCUUGGCGGAGGCGGUGCACGUGGCAUAACUCAGAUUGGCAUCAUUCGAGCCAUGGAAGAAGCCGGCAUCCCGAUUGAUGUCAUUGGCGGAACCUCGAUUGGUGCCUUUAUUGGAGCACUAUAUGCGAGGCACGCGGACGUGGUCCCGAUGUUUGGCCUGGCCAAGAAAUUUGCUGGUCGCAUGGGCAGCAUGUGGCGGUUCGCGCUGGAUCUCACAUAUCCCUCAGCGUCCUACACAACUGGCCACGAAUUCAACCGCGGUAUAUUCAAGACUUUUGGAAACCACCAAAUUGAAGAUUUCUGGCUGGAGUACUACUGCAACACAACAAACAUCAGCAAGAGCCGCGGUGAAAUCCACACCAGUGGCUAUGCUUGGAGAUAUGUGCGUGCUUCCAUGUCCCUGGCCGGCCUUUUGCCACCUUUGUGUGACGAAGGCAGCAUGUUGCUUGAUGGCGGUUACAUUGACAACUUGACCGUCUCACACAUGAAGUCUCUUGGCGCCGAUGUGAUCUUUGCGAUUGAUGUAGGUGCUUUGGAUGACGACACACCACAAGCGUAUGGAGAUUCCCUUUCGGGAAUGUGGGCAUUCUUCAAUCGAUGGAACCCAUUCUCGUCCAUUCCCAAUCCCCCAACCUUGGCGGAGAUCCAGGGCCGCCUGGCCUACGUCUCGAGUGUUGAUGCGCUUGAGAGGGCCAAGACUAUGCCGGGCUGUAUUUAUCUGCGCCCACCGAUUGAUGACUAUGGAACUCUUGACUUUGGCAAGUUUGAUGAGAUUUACCAGAUGGGAUACCAGUAUGGUAAGGAGACCCUGGCCCGCUUGCGUGAAGAAGGUGAUCUUCCACUUGUUGAAGAGACAGAAGCGAAGAAGGCCCUCAGGAGAACCAUGGCGCCCCGUAGAGCCAGUAUUUGA